CUCAUCGGAAAACAUAAAAAUUAUAGCACUCUGCACUCACCAGCAGCUAUCAGCAGUAUAGCUGCUGGUAAGUGUGAGCCCUUUAUCUAUGUGUUUAUGUGUCUGUUGCCGUUGAUGAAAUAUAUGCACAGAAAUGCAUGAUUUAGUGUUUUAAGCUAAGUGUCUAGAGUUAAUUUUGGGACAAUGGUGCUGCAAGUGAAUUGUUUAAAAAAAAAAACUGUGAAUAUAUGAUUGAAGUGCAGGCAUUGCACUGCAUUAAGCACUUAAUGCCUAGAGUAUUAUAUAUGAUGCAUGCGUUUUUGAGACUUCUACGUCAUCAGCAUAUUAAAUGUGAUACAAAUUCAAGCUCAUAUAUUCAAAUUACUAAUUUAUUUAUUUAUUACAAAAUUGUCCAAAGGUCAAAUAAAUACUUGUUUCUGGGAAUUAUUUCAUAGUUCAGGCUUUACUGGGUCAACUGUUUCAGUCCAUUUUUUUUUCUACAUAGUUCCCUAUUUUCAGAUUAAUUGGGCAACUGACUUAAGCAGUUUCAUGGACAGGUGAAACCUGUUUCCUCAUUAUUAUGUGACACAUUAAACAGAUAAAAGAUCAGGAGUUGACUCAAAAUAAUGAAUUUAAAUUUGAUAGCUGUUCACUGGUGUUCUCAAUAUGAGUUUCAAAGACAUGUUAAUGAAAGUGAAGGAUGCCAUUAUUAGACUGAAAAUAAAAUUAUUUUAUCAGAGCGAGAGAGAGAGAAACAGUUCGCUCUCUGCAAAUCAAGUUAAAGGGAACCUGUUGUAGUCAUUUUCAAGACCAUAUUUUUAUUUUUUUAUUUUUCCAUCAAAGCUAUAAGGACAUCCUCGCAUUGGCAUUAAAUAGAUUCAAGAGUAGAGAGAAACUGUUGGAAACCAAAUGUUUAAAGAAGUGUCAGUUUUUAGGUUUUGCUUACACUGGCCUCAUUAUUUAAAACUUGAGACCAUGUUUAAUAGUGUAACACCAGCAGUAUAUCCAUGUGCUUAUUCUUAGUCUCACCAGGAUCCCUGGGCAAGAUAAAGACAGUAUGUUAGGCUGAACAGCUGUUUUUAUGUCACUGUCCUAAUGGCACAGCAUGGUGACCUCCUUUUAGAGGCACUCAAAAAGCCAAUGACAUCAUUGUUCCAACUGUGCUGCACUUGUCCCCUCAUCCACCAUUCACCCGCAAAAUUGUCCAUUUGGCUUCCCAGUGAGCCUUUCUGGGUAGUAAUUUUUAUCAUCAAUCAUAAUUAUCUAAAGAUAAUAAUAUUCCUCUAGAGAUGGCAUUCGAUUAUAGGAAACUGAUACUGAGUCUCACCAUUGUGGUACUUCUCUAACUUACCACAUUUUCUCUUAAUUGAAUGGUUUUGCAGAAUUGUGGCAAGACCCAAUGCUUGACAUCGCUUUGUUUAGCACUGCUGUUGUGCUUUCAUUGUAUUUUAAAAAACAAGCAAAAAAUUGAUUAUGACUCUACAAGAAAGAAAUAGAGUUGUAAAUGAAUGAAUUACAGAGGUAAUGUCACGGCGGGGUGCGCCGGUGUGAAGAAUGAGGUAGACCCAAGAGCAGACACGGUGGAGACAGAACUAGGUUUCCAAAAUAAGGCAAGCCUUUAUUGUGGCUGAAGGCAUAACAAAAACACUAGGGAACACUGAAACUGGGAAAACUAAGAAGACAGAGAACAUUGUGUCAACUAAAAAGGCUAACACACUCUGUGAAGGAACUAUGGAAAAAACUAUAAACACAGAGUAACUAAGCAGGCUAUGAAACACAGUGUCACAAUAAGGGAAACUACGAAAAUACGAGGUGAGGAUAACAGACGAUCUGACACUGACACAAAGACACACUGGGCUUAAAUACACUGAGGAAGUCAUCAAGGAAUUAGAGACAGAAGGGGAACACAGCUGGGAGGAAUAAGACCUAAUGAGACAGGGGGAACAAAGCUAGAAACACUGACAUAAGACGGGAACAUGAACCUUCAGAGUAAAACAGGAAACAAGACACCACUAAACAAACACGCAGACACGACACAGAGAGACAGACUAGACACUGAACUAAACCUGCAAUAAACAUGAGAACACAAAAACCUACAAACGAAUCCCUAAACAAGAAUAACCGAAACAUAGAGUCAUAAUCAUCAUUAUCAUCAUAAUAAGAAAAGAAUCCAAAAUGCAAAAACACACCAAAAACAUAACAACUCAAAAUACUGGGUCAAACUGACCCAGAACCGUGACAGGUAAUACGAAAAUAUUGUUUACCUUGUGAUUUCUUGGAUUAAUGUUUAUAAUGGUGAGCAAUUUUCCUAUGCUGCCUCAGCAGUUUCUGACAUAUAGUUCAUAGCAUGAAUGUGUGAUAGAUUUGCAGCAUGUUGAGGGUGUUGCCUGUCCCUCGCCCUGACAGCUGCAAUGUGCUCCAGCCCCACCAGAACUCUGAACUGGAUAAACAGAAGGUAAUGAAUGGAUGGAUGGAUCCAAAAAAUAAAAUAAAAUGUAAAAAAGCAGAAGCUGUUCCUUUUUCCUUGCAACCUAACAAGUAACAAAGUAACAUAGCGAUGAAACAUGGACAGCGGGGUCCUUGCUUUACACUAAAAAUCUCCCUUCCCAGAGGUUAGCAUGCACUAUAUACCUUCAUAUAUGCACCACUGGCCUGCUGCAUCGCUGGCUGUUGUCUUACUCUGACAGAGCCUGCAAGGGGUCUUGUCUGAAACAGCUAUGGUCAAGGACAAUGUGUCUGGCGCUAGCUUUGUUAUGGGAGUUGUGGCGACUCUGUUAUCAUUCUGGGUCCAUUAAUUCCAAUUCAUUUUAGCAGCGUGAUAACUAGCAGCGUCUGCUUGUCUGUGCUCUCACAAGUCAAUGUACUGUGUUUCCAGAUAAACAUAAAGUCUGUUGUUGCCGGUUCUUCUUUUCCUGUGUGUUCUCGUGAGAGCGUGAGAGUACAGUAACUUUAGCCAAACCACCACGUUUCAUGCUAUGAGGGUAAAUGUGAUGAAAUAUAGCGAUGAGAAGAGAUACAAGAAAUUUAUUGUAGAUGCAGAAAAUUAAAUUCUUUUUCAAGGAUUUAAGAAGUCACAGCUUUAUCUCAGUGUAGGAGAAGCUCCCAGGUUGUGUCACGCAGAGAACUAUACCUAAAACUACCAUUUUAAAAAGUAUUUUAUCAGUUUUACCCCUUAGCUGUAAAAGGCUGAUGGCAUAAUGUCAUCGCCCCUCCAGGUAGGCAGGCAGGGUCUCAAGGUCAGAGGUUUUUUUUUAAUGAAACAUAAACUGUAUUUAAUCAUGAAUCCACACAUUACCUUGAAGUUGACCAGAUAUCCAACAACAACACAUCAGUAUGUGUGUGACUUUUAUCAGAUAAUGAAUUCCAGCAUCCUGGAGGUUUGCAACUGUUUCCUCCUUUCAGAUGAAUGCACAAAUCAUAGUGGGUGUAAUUUGUGAAAUGAAAAGUCUAAUAGAGUCUAGUUAUGUACUCACUGGCCACUUUUUUUAGGCACACCUUGCUAGUAGUGGGUUGGAGGCUUUGGCCUUCAAAACUGCCUGAAUUACUCAUGGCACAGAUGCCAGAAACAUUCCUCAAAAUUUAAUAUUUUGACUUAAUAGCAUUAGAAAGCUGCAGAUUAGUCGACUUCACAUCUAGCCUUUUAGAUUGAGAUCUUGUCACAUUUGAGUACAGUGAACUUAUCACGUUCAAGAAUUGUGAUCACUGUGGUCAUAAAGGGAUGGACACGAUCAGCAAAAUACUCAGUUGGGUUUGAUGAAAUGAGUUUCAAUGAUCCUUAUCUUGCCCAAAGUUAAGAAAUGUAUCCCAUGCCAUUACAGCAGUCUGAACUACUGACACUUUGCCAUUUGAUGUGCUCUUCUGCUGCUGGCGCCCCUCUGCCUUAUAGUUUAACAUUGUUGUGCAUUCAGAGAUGCUGUUCUGCAUACUUGUUUUAUAACCAGUGAUUCUUUGAGUUACUGUUGCUUUCCUGUCUGCUUGAAGCAGUCUGCCACUCUCCUCUAAUCUUGGAUAUCAUCAAGGCACUUUCUCCUGGAGAACUGCUGCCCACUGGGCAUUUUUGUAUCGGACCACUCUUUCUAAACUUUAGCUGUGGUUUUUUGUAAAAGCCCAGUAGAUCAGCAGUUUUUUAACUACUCAUAGCAGCCAGUCUCACACCAAUAACAAUGUGACAUUCAGAGUCAUUUAAAUCGCCUUUCUUCUUCAUUCUGAAAUAUUUUUAUUGACAAACAACUGAAUAGGUGUUUCUAAUAUAGUACCAUUUACAUGUAGUAUAAUUUAUCACAAAAAAUAGUCCGUUUAAAUGUAUAGUUUUGCUAAAUUUGACUUUGGUGCACAGUUCUUAGCAAUGGAAAACACUAAAACAGAGGUUAUAACAUUGUUAUUAUUGAACGGAUGCUCAUCCAUUCCAUAAAGUCACCAGGCAGGUUAUAAAUGUUAUUCACAGAUUUUAACAGUUUUCAACAUUUUAAAAUGAGAAAACAACUAAUUUGAGAUCUGAUGUACUUUUAUGGAUCUACAUUAACCUAGUUUUUAUGAGCUUGUUUUUGUAGUUUUGUGGUUUUGAUAGCUACUCAUUUCCAAAUUCCUUGUCUCAGAAGGAAACUGAACAUUGAUAAUUAGCAAGAAUAUAUUCAUGCUUGUGAAUGUUCUCUAUAAAAAAAAGUGGAUCAGAGACUAAAAAUAGCAGUGUAGUGUCUGGCUACAAAGUAAGAAUGAAAAAAUAUGAUACAUGUGCUUUCUGGGAAAUUCUUCAGCUUCUUGUUUUGGUUUUACAUUAUCGCUAGGCUAAAAUUGCUCUUUUUAAAAAUAAAUAUUUAACGUUUCUUUGGCCUUGGACUGUAUAUUUUAACUGUGUUCACCAUGAGAAACAUUUUACUUUGAGAAACUCCCUUUCCAAAAGGAAAGAAAAGGAAAGAGAUUUUACAUCCCCAAGGACAGAGGAGGAGUUUGUGCUGUGGUGAGGAAACAACAUUUGGUUUCUAACACUUGCAAUUUGAUGAAUCACACUGUUAGCACUGGAAAGGCACAGAAAAGAAAUAUAUAUAAACUAUUUUUAAUACUAUCAUAUUAUAUCCAACUAUAAUUUAUACAUUAGCCUUACUUUCAAUUACUAUGCAUGGAUAUUUCUUUUCAUAGUUAAUUGUGCAGGUAAGGCAGAAGCAUGAAUUUCCAUGCAAGAAGAGUCACGUUGCCUGCCAUCACACCUCUUUGUCUGCAGAAGCGGGUAGGAAUCUUAUAUGGAUUUGUUUUUGUAUUGUCUCCCUCUGUGUUAGCGAAGGGCUGCUUUUUGUUUCUGUUUAGUUUUCUAAAUUUAAGCUGUUUUUCCAGAUGGUGCUGGAUUAGAUCCGGUCUCCCGUGACCACUAUGUAAAGGCUUACAAUGUUUAAAACUUCUCAAAGAUUUAAUCUUCAUAAAUGUUCUGCUCACAUAUGGUGUUCACAGUGCUUCGGCUGUGCUAUUGUUACUUAUUUAAAUUGAGAUAUUUGCAGUAUUUUGUUAAAAAAAAAAAUUGUACCAUAAAACACAUUCUUGCUAUUAAUUAUACAUCAAUACUACAGUAGCCUUUUGAAGAUGUUAAGAUGUAUUAAAAGCAGAAAGUAGCCCGCACUUUCAUAUCACAAAUGGAAUCUGGUGAAGUGUCACUUUUCUUUAAUAUGGAAUAUCAGUGCUGAACAAGGGAAAGCAGGGAUGUUCAUACUUUAAUUUAGACAUCAGUACAAAGUGUUUCAGUAUCUUAUAGGAUGUAUCUAAUUAAAAUGUAGACUGUUCACAAGCAAAACCACAAUUACAUAUUUUUAAGUUUAAUGUGAAAUACCUGAGCCCAGUCCUCUAGCAGCCACUGUAAUUUACAAAGUAGCAACUACAGCUUCCCAGCAGGCUUAUCAGUGUUGGCUGAUAACAUUUGGCUAGUGUUCUAAUUCAUCUCCUUAUUGUUGCACACUGACUCCACUGGUCUAAAAAAUACUUUCCAAAUGAUCUAAUUCCUUCUAGGUCUCGGGACAAUAGUAACGUUUUGGAUAUGUAAUCUUAUAAGUGAUGAUCCAGUUGUAAACAGGUUUACCUACCAGAAAGGAGGUUUUAUAAUAAUUUAAAACUCUUUAUUUUCAAGUUUUAUUUUAGUGGAUAGCUAAGAGAACUAUUCUCUGUCGUUUUCUUAUAUAGACGAGGCUGGAGGCCAACUUUUUACCACCACUCAGUGAUAUAGCUGCAGCUGUGGGAGUGCACUUCAAGGUUUAACCAGAGAAGGCUAAUUGGUAAAAUGGAUCACUCUGUCCUGUCCUUGAGAUAAGAAGGUCUAAUAGAGAAGUUUAUGUUCAAUAAGACUAUAUUUAGUGCUGCAUACCCAGUAUCUGGACUUAGUCUUCCUGUUCCAGACUCUUUUUUUUCUUUUUUACUUUUCAUCACAGACCUUUAUGACACAGCACGAUGUGUUCUCACCCUUGUGAUACAACUCUUGAAAUCAACAGCCUUGUUGCCAUCAUAGUUUGAUAAAUGCAGCUUAUAUUGGGAAAUUGUGCCAGUGUAUCCUCAACAGUAAUUUGAUGGAUCAGUAGUGGCUCACCACCUAUUCAUAUGUGUAAGUAAGUAUACAUAUACGUGUAUAAAUAGUAAGGUUGCCUUAAUUUGGACUUACUAUGCAGAUUUUUUAAGUGAAUUGAAAAUUUUACUAUUCCAACUUGAAAAGAAAAUAGCUGUCUCAGUGCACCACAUGCACUGAUCAGACAGACUACUGGUAGUUGAAGUUAGUAGCAAUGACCAUUAUUACCGUUAUUCAUAUUUAUGUGGAUUUAACUUUUAUAAAUCAGAACUAUAUAUAGGGAAACCACGAUAGCAGUUUUUGUGUGGCAGCAUCAGUUUUUUAGCUUUAAUUCAUUCAGAUAAAUAUAAGAUCAAACUCAAAGUCUUCACACAUGUAAAUGCAAUUCUGAGAAUAUUUUGAUCGCUGCACUUUUCAUAGCAUCACUUUAACUGGCAUCUCCUCUCCUUAUAACUGUACCCAUAACUUUUGCUAUACUGAGUAAAUUGAUACUUUUAGUUAGGCAGUCGUGGCACUUUCUUAUUUUCCAUAGGAGAAAAAUAUUCUCCAGGUAAUUUUCUCUGUUUUUGCACACUGUAACACAUAAGUUGUACUUGAUUGGCAUGACAGACAUGAAGGAAAACAUAAAUGUCUUCCAGAUGAAAACAUGUGGGCUUUUGCAUCAAGGUUACCUGCUCAUGGCUGCAACUCUGUGUUUACUGAUAAAGGCAUCAAUGGCUCCUGCAGCAGGGUGUGUGGCCUUGUCUUUUAUUGGAAACACUUUACUAAUGAUUAACGAUACUGCCAAAUCAUGCAACAUAAUUAGUUUAUAGUAGUCAAACUAAAUGCACGAGUUAUUAUUUAAUGAAUUAUUUUCUGUUUUAAAUUAAAAAAAAAAACCCACUGUUUUUUGUGUCUCAUGGAUGAGAUAAAAUUACCCUUUUGAAGGGUAUAUUUACUCAUUGUAUAUACUGCAUCUUGUCGUCCAACCUAAACUGUUCAUGAAAGCAACUUUCUGCUGAGUAAUGCAAACAUAAAGCACAUCUGCAAUGCUAAUGGCCCACAAAGACUCCUUCGCCUCUGACAGACCCUACCCUGUUCUCGGUGAAAUCUGAUACCCAGAUGAUUUGAUUUGGCCAAUUUUCAGAAAGCCACAUCCUUGAAGCAACUCAGCUAAAACCCCUGAUACAGUCACCUCCAGCAGUGCAGUAAAUGCACAUCUUAUUAAAAUCAGUGAACUAUAUAUAUAUAUGAACUACAAUGAACAAAUCAAUUUGUUCAUUGUAAAUGCGUAUGAUUUUGCACUUUAUUAUCAAUUCUUCUCUUUUCCUUUUAUUCAGGUCAAAACCAUUUUAGAAGACAAACCUGUAGUGCUAAUAUGCAGCAAUGACUACAUUAAACAAUGAGUGAUGAAAUAAACCAUUCUUAAAAGAUAGUUCUCUUAUACUCACUUCGUGACCUGAUUGAUUACAAAGUGGUUUACACUAAGAGGUGAUAUCAUAGGUGGAGGGCCCAUUUGCUGAACCUCAGCCCUGUUGAAAAGCUCUGACCUAUCUCUACAGAAAAGGUGUCAGGCUUUUCCUGUCCAGGUUUAAGCUACCAAUUGACCUCACUCAGAGAAAAGAGACAGCCAUUUGGUCUUUGCUCCUACACUUUCCAUACCUGCCUCUGACAGCUUUAGACUGACUUGAACCAGCACCUUUGUAAUUGCUCUUGGGCUCACACAGGGCAUUAUGUAGGAGAGCUGCUUGCCUUGGGUGUGUGCAUGUCAAUUCUAAGGGGGUUGGAGCCAUGUGACUCUCUCUCUCCACCCUCUAGUAAAUAAGCAGAUUGAUCUCUGGCUUCCUGACUCUUAGUGGUGAGAAAAGGAGGCAGGUGAUUUGGUAUCGAGCACCAGUGAUACACACAUGUGGAUUCAGAAAAGAAAUCUGCUGAGAGGGAGUUUUAUCUAAUUGCCUAAUUUCAGCUUCACUGUGGCACAGAGCAAGAUAAGGAGAGAGCGGGAGAAAGGCUGCUUGUGACAGCUGACACUUGCUGCGCUGUCUGAUGAGAGUGUUUAUAUUUCUCACAAAAGCUCUCAUUUGCGAUGCUUUGUACUCAGCCAUGUUUUGGCUACAGAACUAGCCCAAACUCAAUACUAUGCUUGGCUCCAAACAAGCGGGUAAUUAAAGUUUAUAGUGAAGAUAAUACCAGCAAAGCUGUAGAAGUUCCUUCUGAUGUAACUGCCCAGGAUGUAUGUCAGCUGUUUGUCUUGAAGAAUCACUGCAUUGAUGACCACGCCUGGACACUUUUUGAACACCUCUCCCAUCUAGGAAUAGAAAGAGCUCUGGAAGACCAUGAGUACGUUAUGGAAGUACUUUCAAGCUGGGCGAUGGACACAGACAGCCGGUUGUAUUUUAGGAAGAAUUAUGCUAAAUAUGAAUUCUUUAGGAAACCACUGGACUUUUUCCCAGAUCACAUGGUUUCCAUAUCGAGUGAAACCAAUGGGAUGGUGGAUCACUGUGACCUUAUACAGACCUUUCUGAAUUCCAGCACUUGUCCUGAGAUCCAUGGAUACCUUCACGCCAAAGAGCAAAGCAGGAAGUCUUGGAAGAAGUCUUAUUUUGUUUUGCGGCGGUCAGGGCUUUAUUUCUCCAAUAAGGGGACUUCCAAGGAACCAAGACAUCUCCAGUUCUUUGCUGACUUCAGUGACAGUGAUGUCUACACUGUUUUGGCAGCCAAAAAACUACACGGGGCACCUACAGAAUUUGGCUUCUGUGUGAAGUCCACAAAAUGCAGUUCUGCCCGGGACUUGAAGCUGCUUUGUGCAGAUGACGAGCAGACCAGGACCUGCUGGAUUACAGCCAUGCGCUUGUUAAAGUUUGGGAUGCAACUUUACCAAAAUUUCAUUCAGCCACACCAGAAGCAAAAAGCCUCACCAAUGAGAAGCAUAUCAGAGAACUCUCUGGUGGCUAUGGACUUUUCUGGCCAAAAGAGUCGGGUGAUCGAGAACCCAUCCGAGGUGCUCUCAGUAGCUGUAGAGGAAGGCUUGUCGUGGAGGAGGAAAAGCUGCCACCGCUUGAGUGGUCAUGGGAGCCCUUCCACAGCCCAGAGCUCUGUGCUAAACAUAGCUAUCCACGUGGCUCAGCCGUGGUUUCAUGGCAAACUGUCUCGUGAAGAGUCUCACCGUCUAAUUGCUCAACAGGGUCUUAUUGAUGGAGUGUUUCUUCUGAGGGACAGCCAGAGCAACCCUAAGACAUUUGUACUUUCGCUGUGCUAUAUGCAAAAAAUUAAACAUUUUCAAAUAUUACCAGUGGACGAUGAAGGAGAGUUGUUUUACAGUCUUGAUGAUGGUCAAACACGGUUCACUGACUUGAUCCAGUUGGUGGAUUUUUACCAGCUAAACCGUGGGGUGCUUCCAUGCAAACUCAGACAUCACUGUGCUCGGAUAACCCUGUGAACAAGAGACCCAAAAGACAGCUGAGGUCCCACAUGCACCUUAAUUCCUGGUUCUUCUGGAGAAACACAAUGGUGUUUUUGUGCCUUGGAAAAAAAAAAAGAAGAUAAAUAGUUGUUUUCAUAAUGUGGUACAUGACUCAACCUUAUUUUUUCUUAUUCAGAAAAAGGUGAAUUUCACAAUAAAAUAAAUAACUACUGGUGCUGAAGAUCAUGUGGAUUACAUUUUGGCCCGUUAAUGUAUUGGUGUAAGUAUGUGGUGGUAGUAGUUGAGAUACAGCAGCAGGAAUUUGAGUGUUCAUUGAAAAUAAUCCAGCAGAACGUGUGCUGCAGUAUGUAUAGAGCAAAAGUGCUGUAAAUAUGUGACAUUUACGGUCUGUUAAAAGUAAAUGAUGACCGAAUCCCUACAAGGACAUGCUUGUGGAAACCUGUAGUAUGGCUCUACACUGUCAAGUCUGGGAACAACUAAGCUAUUGUUAUACUAAGCUAUUUUUUUUGCUAGGUAUUCGUAUUUUUUAAGAAAGUUACUCAUUUUUUUUGUUUGUUUCUUUUUUUAAUUUGAAGUGAUAAAAUUACCUCUGAGCAAGUUUCACUGCGCAUGCCUUACAAGGGAUUGGCAAAGAGCUGUAAUGCCCCGGUGAAGAGGUUCCAACCUCACUGACUUUGCAUUGUGCACUGCAUAAACUAUAUAGAUACAGUUAUGAUUAAGUGAACCGUUUGUAUCCAUGGAAUCAGUGAAAAAGUUCCCCUGAAGUAAGAGCAAUGAAAUAAAUGCUAAAGAUUUUUUUUCUUUACAUGUAAUCAGAAAUGACUGAUAUUUGAAUUCACUGUAAAUUGAAAUUUAGGUUUUGUAAUUUCCCGAGAUUCAGGCAGACAAUUUGCAAUACCUGGGCUGAUUGUAUUUUUUGACGUUAUAGCCACAUCUGUGGAUAUACGGUGUCAGAUACUUUUUUUUUUUUUAAAAUGAUGUUAGUCCUUCUAACAUUGACAUUCAGCUUCAUACAAUCUUUUUUUUUGUAACAGCAACAAUGUAAGAACAAGGUAUUUUAAAUCACAGUAGCUGGACAACAGUGCAUUGAAAUGCAGUUUUGUAAAUAAACUCAUAUAAACCUGUCUGUUGUAAGGUGUGAUUUUUGUAUGAUUGUUUUGGUUGUUUUAACAACAGGCUGCAAGGCAAACACAUGGCUUGUUAAACCACCAU